AACUUCUCGAUGUUUUAACGUCUUGUUCCUACUAGUUAACCUUAUUUUAAGGAGAGAAAGGAUAUAAUGAAUCGGGGAUCAAAUAAAUAUUUCCUGAAUAACAACAUAAUCCUUAGUUUAUUUUCUGGCUAAAUAAAAUGUGUCUGGAAAUCUUUAGGAUUUUAUAUGUGAAUGAAUCUGUGGCUGUUGGUAAAAUCAGAGGAAGAGGAUUCUGUAAGCCUGUCUCAAGAGUGGGCUCUUUCUGGGUUCUGUUUAACUUAAGAGUUAACCGAGUCCUGGGGAAGAAGAAUAACUCACAGCCGCCCACAAGCCUGUCACCCCAGCUACUAAUGUUCUGUUGCUUUGCAAAGAGUAGAUAAAAAUGUCGUCAGUGUUGCACAAGUCAUAUGAUGUGCUGGUGGUGGGAAAUGGUUUUUAAACUUAAGAACUUGCAAUUAAGCCAACACAAAUUAAUGGAGCCAGAGCAGAUACUGUGAAGCUGUGAGCUGUGAACUUGGUCAUUGUGGAACUCUGGCCUUCCAUCCUCCACCUCCAUACAUGUCUGAGGCUUUCGCCCUGUAAAGCAGCCACGUCGCUAUUUGGAAAAAAGAAAAGAACAGCUACUUCCCUGUGACAUCUGGUUAUGAUUAGAGCUGUUUCCUGCCUAAAGGAGAGGAGUUGGAAAGAAAAAAGUGGAUAAGGCAAAUGAAAAUACAGUGAACGAAAAUACCAUCAAAAUGGUCCUGUCCUCUCCUGGCAGGAUCUGGGUGUAGGCAGGGAAGAAUACUUUGCACAAAUCGUGAAGUGUACUGUAGCUAGAACUCUGGCUCUGUAACCAUGCUCACUGUGCUUAUUCUGUUUAUGUGCACCGGGGGUACAGGGUGUGUGUGGGGGGAGAGCUGCCCAGUCUUUCCCAGUUCCUUCUACCCACUGUGGUUGCCUCAAGUGUGUGCAGUGUUGGUGGAACAUAUGGGAGUUACAAUGAUUGAAGUCAGAUGAUCCAGCACCUCCUGAACUGUUUUAUGUGAGAAUCACCUGCAAUUCCUUGUUUUCCACUUACAGCAGGGUGUCCCUGUCUCAGUCAAAUGAAGGGAUUCUUGUACAUGACUCACACCUUUAAUCCCAGCACAGGGUAGAGGGGGUAGAUCUUUAAAUUCAAAGCCAUCUUGGUCAACAUAGUGAGCUCAAGGCCAGCAAAGACUUACGUAACAAGACCAUGUCUCUAAAAUGAAGAAAGUCUAUAUGUGUAUAUGGUGUUCUUUUUCGUUUAUGAAUCCCUUAGGAUUUGUGUGUGUGUGUGUGUGUGUGUGUAUAAUUUUCUGGUAGAAAAUUUAUUUUUAAAGCUCUUAAAAGAUUAAAAGCCACUUUGCUGAUAACCUGUCUGCUGCCAUUUGAACAUCCAAAGCCAACCUGUGAAUUUCUGCCAGGGGAAAUCUCCCCUAAUUAUUCCUUCCACCAGGAUGUGGGUGUUCAAGUUUCUGCUGCUACCCAUGGUGAGCUUUGCUCUGUACCCGGAGGAAAUGCUGGACACCCAGUGGGAGCUAUGGAAGAAGACCCACCGAAAGCAGUAUAACAGCAAGGUGGAUGAAAUCUCUCGGCGUUUAAUUUGGGAGAAAAACCUGAAGCAAAUCUCCGUCCAUAAUCUUGAGGCCUCUCUUGGUGUCCAUACAUAUGAACUGGCCAUGAACCACUUGGGAGACAUGACCAGUGAAGAAGUGGUUCAGAAGAUGACUGGGCUCAGAAUACCACCCUCGCGUUCCUACAGCAAUGACACUCUCUAUACCCCAGAGUGGGAAGGCAGGGUCCCAGACUCCAUUGAUUAUCGAAAGAAAGGAUAUGUUACUCCAGUCAAAAACCAGGGCCAGUGUGGUUCCUGUUGGGCUUUCAGCUCUGCCGGUGCCCUGGAGGGCCAACUCAAGAAGAAAACUGGUAAACUCUUAUCUCUGAGUCCCCAGAACCUUGUGGACUGUGUGUCUGAGAAUUACGGCUGUGGAGGCGGCUACAUGACCACUGCCUUCCAAUAUGUGCAGCAGAAUGGAGGCAUUGACUCUGAAGACGCUUACCCGUACGUGGGAGAGGAUGAAAGUUGUAUGUAUAACGCCACGGCAAAGGCAGCUAAAUGCAGAGGGUACAGAGAGAUUCCUGUGGGGAGCGAGAAAGCCCUGAAGAGAGCAGUGGCUCGGGUAGGACCCAUCUCUGUGUCCAUCGAUGCAAGCUUGGCAUCUUUCCAGUUUUACAGCAGAGGUGUGUACUAUGAUGAAAAUUGUGACCGUGAUAAUGUGAACCAUGCCGUGUUGGUGGUGGGCUAUGGCACCCAGAAGGGAAGCAAGCACUGGAUAAUUAAAAACAGCUGGGGAGAAAGCUGGGGAAACAAAGGAUAUGCUCUCUUGGCUCGGAAUAAGAACAACGCCUGUGGCAUCACCAACCUUGCCAGCUUCCCCAAGAUGUGAUUCCAGCCAGCCAGCCCAUCUCUUCUCAAAUUCCUUCCUCCAUGGUGCAAGAUAAUGGUAGUUUUGGAAGGGAAUGGGCAUGGUGCUCCUGAGAGGGACGCAUCGAUGCUAAGAUUGUUUCAUUUCUCCUCUCAUUGGUGCUUCCAGUGACAGCUCUACUUCCCUUCUCUCUGCCUAGGGCCCUUUUCUUUGUGGACACAAGAGGGCAUUUUCUGAGAGUUGUGGACUCUGUGCUGGUAGACACUGGAGACCUCCAGCAGGCUGGAGGACUAAGGUGACCUUCCCGAGCCCAUGUCUUCUAUAUACACCAGUGCACAUUUCAGUCUUCCACUGAGAUGCACAAAUCUAUUCAUGAUUCUUUGACAAAGUUACAUGAUAUUUAAAAAAGUGUUUUUCCUUCUUUGUAUUUGAAAUAAAGUAUCUCAUUGACAAUUUAAUAAAGAACACUGCCUUCAUACUAUGUUGGUUGUGGUGCUAGCCAGCGUUUAUUAGGUACUUACUGUGUCAUGAGAACCGUAAAUUUCUGGGAUAAACUGGACCUCAGCAGCUUCUCUCAGUGUUAAAACCGCCCAUGAAGCUGGCCACCGUGAUCUGUGCUUGUGGUCCCCAGAAGCUGGCCACCGUUAUCUGUGCUUGUGGUCCCGGG